AUGUAUUCAGACCCUUCAGACCCAUUCGAGAAGGAUGUCAUGCUUGGAAACGCCCUCGCAGACUCCGCCACCAGAGAAAUUUUUCUCGCUCAAUCACCUAUUGGUGUCCAAGCUACACAAAGGGCUCAUGCUCUUCAUCAUCUGAAUGCCCAAACCUUACGAUUAAUGUUUAAAAUAACCAGAGAACAGGCUCACCACAUAGUAAAGCAGUGUCCCAACUGUGUCACUCUUCUCCCUACACCUUAUCUAGGAGUUAAUCCCCGACGUCUUCUCCCCAAUGCCAUUUGGCAAAUGGAUGUUACCCAUAUUUCUGAUUUUGGAGCUCUUAAAUAUGUGCAUGUAGUUAUAGACACUUUUAGUGGUUUUAUUUUUGCCUCCUUACAAACUGGUGAGGCUUCUAAGCAUGUUAUAGCAUAUGUGUUGUCCGCAAUUUCUGUUCUAGGCUUGCCUGCUAAGCUUAAGACUGAUAAUGGUCCAGGUUAUACAGGAAAAAAUUUUAAAACAUUUUGUUUGCAGCUUAAUAUUGUACACGUUACAGGAAUUCCUUAUAACCCUCAAGGGCAAGAUAAGGAGGGACGCUCAGCAGCCGAGGGUUUUGGGCACUCAGACACUAAAAGGGGCUUUGCUACAGUACUAUGGAAAGAUCCUUUAGACAACACGUGGCAAUGGUCCAGACCCAGUGCUGAUUUGGGGACGAGGUGCAGUUUGUAUAUAUUCAAAAAGCUUAGACGCUGCACGAUGGCUCCCCGAGAGACUGGAAGAAGAAUGAGGAAGAAAAUGUUGGCCCACUUACUCAUCAGUUGGUGUUUUCUCCCCCUUGUGUUUUGUGGCUUCGAUGACCCCAAUAUAGCCAGACAGCUAAAACAACAAUCGCAAGGGGCCCCCUGCGAAUGCCUGGGAGGCAUUUCUUCCACCCCACCCAAUACCGAGAAUCCCUAUUCUAGCACUGUAGAGUGCGGGGAUAAGACCAUCUAUUUAGUAUUAGAUACAAAUGUCAAAGGAGGAAUCAAUAAAUGGCAAUGUGUUAAACAUCCUAACAUUAUAUCUACGAUAGGAGGUCAUCUUGGACCUUGUCCCUGUACCACCUUCUACCAAUCUAUGCACAGUUCAUGUUACUCAUCAUUUCAAAAGUGUACUUACAAUCAAAAAACAUAUUUUACCACCAUCUUAAAUAAAAAAAGACCAGGCAGUGCAGGAGGAGACCGGAGUGACACCCAAGUUCUCGGGUCAACAAAUAAACUUAUGACCAUGGGAUGUCAAGGUACAGUCGGUCAACCCAUAUGUUGGGAAACGACAUCCCCAGUGCAUAUAUCUGAUGGUGGUGGUCCACAGGAUCAAGUCAGGCAAAUUCAAGUACAAGAACUUAUUGAACAGAUUAUCUAAAAUCAAUAUCCCCGCCUUGAUUACCACCCUUUGGUAAAGAUUACCUCUAAUAGAAAAGAGAUUAUAGAUACCCAAACCCUGGAUAUAUUAAUGGCCACUUAUAAAUUAAUUAAUACCUCCAACCCUAGUUUAGCACAAGAUUGUUGGUUGUGUUUGCAACAAGGAUCCCCAGUCCCCAUAGCUAUUCCUGCGUAUAAUUACAUUUUAUAUGAUAAUUAUAGUUGUUUACCUACUCCCCCCUUUUUAGUUCAACCUGUAGAGUCUUGGAACGUUACAUGUUUCCGUAAACCCUAUCAAAAUAAUAGUUUCAGCUUGGAUGUAGGACUGGUAACAUUUGCUGAUUGUAAGGAAUAUUUUAACAUAUCUUCUGAGUUGUGUGCUGGUAAUUCAACAGUGCUUGUGUGUGGGUCCAAUCUUGCUUAUACCUAUUUACCUGAAAAUUGGACUGGGAGUUGUGUGAUUGCUACCCUUCUCCCUGAUGUUAGCAUUAUCCCCGGAACUGAACCAGUGCCUGUACCCAGUUUUGAUCAUAUUGCUGGCAGGCAUAAAAGAGCUGUACAACUUAUUCCUUUAUUAGUAGGAUUGGGAGUUUCUGGAGCCCUUGCUACAGGCUCUGCAGGCCUGGGAGUAGCAGUACGCAAGUAUGCAAAAUUGUCUAAAUAGUUAAUUGAUGAUGUACAGACAUUGUCUGGUACCAUACAAGACUUACAAGAUCAAGUAGACUCUCUAGCAGAGGUGGUACUGCAAAAUCGAAGAGGGUUGGAUUUACUUACCGCGGAACAGGGCGGUAUUUGUUUGGUUUUACAGGAGAAGUGCUGCUUUUACGUCAACAAAUCUGGAGUUGUCAGAGACAAGAUCAAGAAAUUACAAGAGGACUUGGAAAAACGUAGAAAAGAACUCCUUGAAAAUCCCUUAUGGAACGGCCUUAAUGAAUUCCUCCCUUAUUUGCUCCCCUUUUUAGGACCUAUGCUUGGCUUAUUAAUUUUACUAUCGCUAGGGCCUUUUCUUUUCAACAAAUUAAUGGCCUUUGUAAAACAACAAAUAGACGCUGUGAAGAUGCAACCAUUACAGGUCCAUUAUCACAGAUUAAAUAUGAAUGAUUUUGAUGAUUGUGAUGGGCUGGAUAGCCAACGACGGGUAAGAGUGGAAGCCCCCGCACCAACCUAA